AAACAUGAGGACUGCCAGAGUCGGCUGCCAGUCCUGAGCGCCUCUGAGCUGCGUCUCCCUUGGAAAAAAAAAGGCAGGCGCACUGACAGGGAAAGGGAGCAAAGGAGGGGAAAAAAGGAGGGCAGCAGGAAAAAAGACGAAACAGAAAGACAGGAAAAGCUGUCAAAAAAGGAAAAGACUGGCAGGGACUGACAGAGGAGUGGGGAAGAGAGGACAGGAGGGAAUAAGAGUAUCAGCCUCUCAACUUGUCAUGGCUGCAAACAACACAAAUCUCUUACUGGAAAUCCUCAACUCCUUUGAUACGGUUCCACUGAUUAUAGCGUUCUGUGUGUCCAUGGCUGUGGGCCUGCUCCUGGGGGCCCUGGUUCAUGUGCUUUUGACAUGGGUGUCCCGGCGCAAGGCAGGUUCUGCCAGCAUCACCCGCCGCACACCCCGCCACUCAUCCUCCCGCAACCGACCAGGCUUCAACCGCAACAGCAGCUACGACCGCCGCAGCAACAACAGCUUGAUCAGCGCCGCUUUAAGCUUCCACAGACAGACGUCCGUCCCAGAUCCCUAUGAUCCCCAGGGCCACAAAUCUAGCUUCAGGGCCUCCACCUUCCACCCUCUCCUCCAGUGUAGCCAAAUCGCGAGGGAGGCAGAGGAGGGCAGCCAGACCACGCUGCCCCGCACACCUCCACUGAGCAUGUCAGCUGCUGAAACUGCAGAGCAGCCAGUGGCCAACCCGUCCAGACCAGAGUCAUUUUGGGGGAACAGUAGCCUGAGGGGAUUUAGUGCCACACAAACCCCCCCUCCAGCCUAUGAGAGCAUCAUCAGGGCUUACCAGGAAACAAGCACCUGAAGGAGGAGGAGCCUUUGAAUGAAUGAGCCAAAGCAGGAAUGGAUGUCUAAAUAAUAAUAGUGAUAUCAAUUUACAUUGAUGUUCAUAUCAAGUCUCCAAAUAUUGUUAAGAUAUGUCGUUAAAUACAACUAAAAGGAUUAUGCAAUUAUUGAACAAUAUUUUAUGAUUCAUUAGACAUGUGAAGCAAGACUAUAAAAAGACCAGAAAAUAUGUUUCAUAAAGAGUAAUGAGAAAUUUUAGGAUGCUUUUUAUCCUUUAGCCAGCUCUAGUUUACAAAUAUGUAUCAGAAGUGGCUGGAUAUUUAUGGAAAAAAGCAAAAGAGGUUAUAACAAUGCAAAACAAAUGCUAUUUUACAAUGGGAGCCUUUUACCAAAAGUCUGUUGGAAAUAUGUAUAAUAUGUGUAUGUUUAAUAAAAAAGGUUGUACUCAAUAUUGUUUGAAAGAAGACGAGGUUAAAUUAACCUGAA